AUGGAUGUCCCGGAGUGCUUCUGCGUACAGGGUCGCGAAUUCCACAUUCCUCGCGCCCAUCUCGCCGGACUUGGCGCCGAAUUGCCGCAAGCGCUCGGGGAGAGAGAUCCGAAUUUCUUCCAGAUGCUUUGCGACUUCCUUGCCUGGCGUGCUGGCACAGAGUCGCCUGGAGGAGUCCUGCAGUGUACAGCCCUGGAUGCUGCCAAGCACCAAGUGAGCUUCAGGCUGGCGAGUGGCGCUUCCGUGCAAGCAGAGGAAGAAGUGGACGGGACACUGAAGGUGCAGGCAAAAGAGCGCGUCGCGGAGAUCGUCUACGAGCCGCUCUCGGAGGAAGAGCCCUGUCCCAUCCAAGGGGUCUGGUUGCACAAGGAGGCCGUGAGCUGGACGAUGCUCUCCGCCGCGGGGAAGAGGCGCCUCCUCCUCGCAAAAGCUGCCCCGGUGCAAGACUUCGAGAUUCCAGCGAAGUGGCAGGAGCCUGGAAUGGAGAGGCUCUUCUGGGCGGAGAUGAGUUUUUACCAGGCUUUCGAGCUGGAGAUGGCCAUGAUGUCCGCCCUCUUGCGGAAGCUUCUGAAGGUCUACUUCCCACAGGGCCUGGAGGCCUUCGCCGAGUGGCAGCUCGAGGCCCCCUGGAAUCAGGAUGUCCCGGGCGGCACGCGCCUAUCCGUUGAGGGCGUGCGCUGGGUGCUCGACGGGGACAAGCUGUUCAGGUCCCGGAAAGCAGAAGCAGCCAGUGGCAAGGUCACUUUUCUACACUUUCUGGGUGCUUCUCAAAAAUUGAGAUCCCGGCAGCUGCCCUUGAACUCGCAGCACGUGCUUCUGGCGGAUGGCUUGAUUGCCGGGGAGCAGACCACGGCGUAUCAGCCAGAGCCUUCAGGCGGAGUUCCCAUUUUCGAUGCCUUCCGCUGUCUGCUUUUGGGAGUCGGCAACGGCGGCAGAGAGGUGGUGUUGCAGUUUCGAUGCGCCAGCGGUCCGGUCUCCACCUCACCGAGCUUUGGGACGUUCUCGGAAGUUGGCGACUGCUUCUCGUGCGUGGAGCACGUGGUCUCCGUAGGCGAGGUCUGUGUGGAGUGCACAGUGACAUCGGACCGACUUCCGCCGUUUCGCCUUGACGGCUUACUGGGUGGAUCCUGGCUUGUAUUGUGGUGCCAGCCCAUGCCAACCCCUGAGGAGAUCUGCACUUCGGGUCGCUCCUCGGCCCGGUGCUUCCUCCCCGGGGCCGUGGAAAUCGUGGACGGGCCCAGCGAGGAGGGCGCUGCAGCCUGCUGCCGUGACUUCGCAGCUGCGCGUGGUCGGCUCGAGGUGCAGCUCGCAUCCUUCCUGACCGGCACCAGGCCUCAACUGAAGCAGUGGCCGAGCAAAGGCAGGAUUCAAAAGGCAGCUGCGCAUUGGUUAGCUCUUCAUUUCUGGCCGGGCAAGAGCUAUGCGGAGAUUGAGGUGGAUUGGAUCAUCGCCACGCGGCACCACAUCAGCGCUAAAGCUCCAGACUGUGGACGGAUACGGAAAGACCUCGAGAGGACCGGCUUCGUGCGCAGGGAGGCUGGCGGCGGGAAGUUCUGCUUGCUGCCUGAGAAGGUGGAGCAACUGCUGCUGGAAGCGGAGGGCUAG